AUGUUACUAUUUUUAUUUUUUGGGUUUUUAACUUUGAUCCAAAGUUUAACAACCGAAGUUCAUAAUUCUGGAGUUAGCUCAUCUGAAAUUUUGGGAGCAUUGGAUGCUCUUCCAAAAGAUUGCCAUAAAAAUGGGAAAACUUACAAAAAAGGCGAGGAAUUUGAAAUCGGACAUUUACGCUACAAAUGUCAGGAUUAUGGAGUGUAUUCCAUGGAAGGUAAACUUAUAUCCGGUGAAAACUAGAGCAAUUAGAAUUAUUAAAAAUUUUCAGGUUGCACUAUGAAAGAUGGAAAACCUUUGAAACUUGGCGAAUCUGUAGUUCAAGACAAUAUUAAAUAUCAAUGUUUGUCUCAUGGAUCUUCGGUUUUUUAUAGAGAGACUGUAAGAUUUUUGAGAAAAGUAUUAACAAAAUUGAGAAAUUCGAUUAUUUGUUCUACUCGCUUAGAAAAAAAAAUUAGCUUGAAUUCAAGUUGGAAAUUAUUUCAGUAAGGGUUUUUCUAAUUGUUGGCGAUAACUAGGGCUAUAAUUUUCAUGGUUUCCCUCUUCAAGUCAUAAAAUUCUAGACUUGCGGAAUAAUGGGUCAACCCGAUUGCGAUAAAAUCCCUCUUCCAAAAGGUUUCGAAGAAGCCACCAAAAAAACGUCAACAGAACCCGUGGGAGCAACAAAAAUCGGUGAUGUUCAACUUCCAAAAGGUUGGCAAGUUGUGGAUGGUGGAUCAAAAAAGAUAAACGGAACUAAUUCUCAAGUUAUCACUCAUGUUUUUAUGUUCAAUCCAGUUCAUCAAGAAAAUAGAAUUCGAGCUAGAAGACAAUCUGGACAUGGGAUUGGGACAGUUUUAGGUGUUGAAGAAGUUGGAGCUGAACCUGGGAGACCUAUGAUGCCUAUGGGAAUGUUGAUGGAGAAUUCGAGAAAAAUUGCAGCGUGAGUUGGGAAACAGUCGGACCAGAUUCCUCUUAACUUCUACCAUAGCCAUAAAUUCUCAAAUCACUCGAAAAAAACAAGAAUAUGCCCCAUUUCUCCUAAAUUUUAAAAAUAAUUCCAGAAAUCAUAAAAAAUCUGGAACCACAUCCGAACAUCAAAAAUCCAUGCUUUCGCAAUCCAAACAUGAGUCUGAACCGUAAGUUUCCUCCCCAAAUUAUAUUUUUAAAAAAUCCAAGGAUUUUCAGAUCUUCAAAAAUUGUUUCCACUCAAACCGUCGGAGCCACCUUAAAGUGAGCUGACAAAUUUUUUAAAAAGAAAAUUUCAUAUUUCAAUCGAGAAUUUUUCACAGAACUGGCGAUAAAAACGACCACGAUUUGACCGAUUUGAAUGGGCGUACAGAUCCCAAAAAAACAGACAUUGCUCAUCUUAAACCUGGAACUGUUUCGGGACAAAAAUCCGCAGUCAAUUGGCAAGGUCGAAAAAUCAUAGUUAACGGAAAGACAGUUGGAACUGGAGAGGGAACUUUUACAUUUGGCAACUCGCCAACUGCUGCUCACUAA